AUGUCAAUCCCAUCUACUCAAUACGGGUUUGUAUACACUAAACAAAAUGGACUCACGUUGAAGAAUGAUUUGCCAGUGCGCAAGCCCAAAUCUGGCCAGUUGUUGUUGAAGAUUGGUGCUGUUGGAUUGUGUCACUCUGAUUUGCACGUUAUUUAUGAAGGAUUGGACUGUGGUGACAAUUACGUAAUGGGCCAUGAGAUUGCAGGAACUGUUGCUGCUGUUGGGGAAGAUGUGACUGGAUACAAGGUUGGUGAUCGUGUUGCUUGUGUGGGGCCAAAUGGAUGUGGCGAAUGCAAGUAUUGUCGUGGGUCUACUGAUAAUGUAUGCAAACAAGCUUUUGGUGAUUGGUUUGGAUUGGGUAAUGAUGGUGGAUACCAACAGUACUUGUUGGUGCAAAGACCUCGCAACUUGGUUCGUGUGCCGGGUAAUGUGUCGUUUGAUGUCGCUGCUGCGUCAACGGAUGCAGUAUUGACGCCAUACCACGCCAUCAAAAUGGCUAAAGUUUCACCAACAUCUAAUGUGUUGAUGGUUGGUGCUGGUGGAUUGGGUGGGAACGCAAUCCAAAUCGCCAAGGCAUUUGGUGCAAAAGUUACCGUUUUGGAGAAGAAGAAGGAGGCUCGUGAUCAGGCCAAAAAAUUGGGAGCUGAUGAAGUUUACGAGUCUUUGCCUGGAUCAAUAACUCCGGGGUCAUUUUCAUCAUGUUUUGACUUUGUUUCCGUGCAAGCCACCUUUGAUUUGUGUCAGAAGUUUGUUGAGCCAAAGGGCAUCAUUGUGCCUGUGGGGCUUGGUGCACCCAAAUUGAGUUUUGAUUUGAGUGAUUUGGCAUUGCGGGAGGUGCAGAUUUUGGGUACUUUUUGGGGGACGACGAAUGAUUUGGAUGAUGUUAUGCAGUUGGUUAGCGAGGGAAAGGUUAAGCCGGUUGUACAAAGUGCUAAUUUGAAGGAGUUGCCGGAAUAUAUUGAUAAAUUGAGAAACAAUGCAUACGAGGGAAGAGUUGUAUUCAAUCCAUGA